GCCAAGUUGCAUGUGCAACUUUACGGCCAGACAGGCCUACGUAUCGAAGGUGGACAGGCUUCGGAUUUGCUGCAUCCCACUGCAUCUGCUGGCCCGGCUGAUAUAUCAGCUCUACCCGCAGACGUGGUUCUAGAGACUCCUGAAGCCUUCGCUCUUCAACUGGCCCAGGGUGAGGUUCGACAGCGUCUUGCUGAUAGAAUUGUUUCUGAUGGAGAGCAGAGGCAAAUCGAUGCCUCUUCAAGUCGACUUAGCGAACGCCCAGCUGGAGCAUGGUAUUCUGCUCUGACGAUGUCCGUCACAUGGCGAACGAAAGCUCAGCAUGGAUUCUUUGAAGUCCCAGGGCGGUGCGCCGAUGAUCUAUUCGCACAAAUCUAUAAUCACAGCUCCAAGCCCAAACAACAGCUAGAGAUUAGGACAAAAGAUGGUCGGCGUCGCAUCACUCCUGUGUUUUUGGGGCAUUUAGAUGCAGGAGACGAGGAUACCUUACUUUCGCCCUCAAUCUGCACUGUUCCUAAUGAUUCUACAUCUCUAUCGGCCUCUUCUCUCAAUAAAUUUUCAAUCGAGAUCUCAGAAUCACAUGACACCAUCGCUGCUAAAGCUUCUCUUGAAAAAGUUGAGGCUCCAAAAGGCUCCAGCCCAUCUCACAUUUUGGUUACGGCUCGACUAGGUGGAAUUAAGUGGAAUCGCAAGGAAGAAGAGGAUGAGGAAUUUCAGAAAUCAAGCGAAGGCGUUCCCAGUUUGUGUUGUCUGCUCGAAGAAACAACUUCAACUUUGGGGGCCUGA